AUGCAAACUAUUCUGCUCUCUAGUUAUAGUGGAAUACAUUGUUUUGCAAUUUCUUUCAUCGCAGUCCAGUUCAUUUUUCGAUACUGGACUUUGAAAUCAAGUGAUAAUUUGAGAUUGUUCGAUGGCUACAGAUUAUACUUCUGGGUAGCAUAUUGUGCGCUAAUGGGUGUUUUAUGGGUGACAAUCGCUGAUAUGACUAUUCUGAAUGAUAAAUUUGCCGUUGAAUUUUAUCGCGACAAAAUUUCAGAAGUUUAUGAAUUAUCAAUCAAUGAUCUUCCAGCUUAUAUUUUUGUUGCUUAUGUGAGCUUUCGGUUAUUUUUUUUUAAUAAUUUUUAUCCGGGUUUUCAGGAACCUGGGGCCCAUAAAAUCCCGCAAUUUCAAAUCAACACACUUAUCUGCAUUGUUUCCUUAACAUCACUUAUUAUUAUUCAAUAUCUCAUUAUGAUUUAUUGCGCAAUUGGAAUGAGAAGUAUCAUUAAGAAAAAGCUCACGAAUUUGUCAAAAUCUCAGCGCAAACUUCAAAAACAGUUCUACAAAGCAUUGAUGUUUCAAACAUGUGCCUCAUCUUUUAUGAUUCAUCUUCCCUUCAUUUGUCUUUUUGUUCUACCAUAUUUCAAUUUUCAAAACAUUGCUGUUGAAGCAAGUUUCCUAAUUACAACAGUCAGUGCUUAUCCACUAAUUGAUACGUUAAUUAUUUUGUUGGUUAUUGGUGAAUAUAAAAAGGUAAUUGUAAAAUUAUUUGUAUGCUUGUGA